AUGGGGCCGUAUUUUGGUGAAAAAAACAACCCUUCUCGCUAUUACGUUUCAGAAUCAAAAUUUCACUCCCUAGAACACCUUUCUACUUUCGCCAAGGUACUAUUAAUGGCUAACACAAACACAUCAGCAUUCAUUCUAUCAUCAGGAUCCAUGGAACAAUCACACUUCUCAAUGCAAAACACAAAUUUUUCUCCAAAUUCAACCAACCAAUCAGAUGGUCCAAUCGCCAUACUCUGGGACAUGGAAAACUGCCCUGUCCCUAGCGACAUCCGCCCUGAAGAUGUGGCCGGAAACAUCCGCAUGGCCGUACGUCUCCACCCUAUAAUCAGCGGAGCUGUCACCAUGUUUUCUGCAUACGGCGACUUCAACGCCUUUCCUAGAAGACUAAGAGAAGGCUGUCAAAGAACAGGUGUGAAGCUCAUAGAUGUCCCAAACGGUAGAAAAGAUGCAGCUGAUAAAGCUAUUCUUGUAGACAUGUUUCUCUUUGCUUUAGACAACCCUCCUCCUUCUUCCAUCAUGUUAAUCUCAGGUGAUGUUGACUUUUCUCCUGCAUUACACAUUCUUGGUCAACGUGGGUACACUGUCAUUCUUGUGAUUCCAUCUGGUGUUGGUGUUUCAUCUGCUUUAAGUAAUGCUGGUAGUUUUGUUUGGGAUUGGCCUAGUGUAGUUCGUGGAGAAGGGUUUGUCCCCCUCCCCCCUACCUCACGUACCCUACCCCUACCCCCCACCCGUGAUGUCUCCACCUUUUUAAUGGGAUGCCAAAUAACUGAAAAUUCAGAUUUUCAAAAUGAAGAAGAGGCGAUUGUGUAUAGAGGAAUCUCACAAAGCUAUUAUAAUACAAACAUGGUAUCCGAAUACAACACUACAACAUCAAGAUCUUAUAGUCUACCACAUGUUGGUUCUUAUGAACAGAUGUGGGUCCAGCCUGGCGAUUUGGUAGGUUUGACCGGUCAACUAAUGAAGCUUCUAGAAUCUUUCGGUGGGUGUUUGCCUCUCGGGAGGCUUCCAGGUGAAUAUCAGAAAAGUUUUGGGAGGCCUCUUUAUGUUUCUGAAUAUGGAACUUUGAAACUUGUGAAUCUUUUGAAGAAAAUGGGGGACAAGAUUUCGAUUGAAGGAAAAGGGCAGAGGAAGUUUGUGUAUUUGAGGAAAUGUUUACCCAAGAAUGAUAGGAAAGGGAAGGGUAGGGAAGAGGGUGUGGUGUCUUCUGAUGAGUUUUCGGAUGAGGAAAGGGUAGUUUUGGAAGAACAAGAUGAGAGUUUGGAUAAGUUUAGGUUUGAGUUACAGGAGAUUUUGGUGAGUUAUUCGUGUAGGAUUUUUUUGGGGUGUUUUGAGGCGAUUUAUCAACAAAGGUAUAAGAGAGAAUUGGAUUAUAGGAGAUUUGGAGUUAGUGAACUUGAGGAGUUGUUUGAGAAGUUGGAUGAUGUUGUUGUGUUGCUUGAGGAACCGGUGAGUAAAAAGAAGUUCUUGGUGGCUGCUGGUUGCUAAGGGUAUUUUUGGAAAUUUAAAGAAGGGUGUGGUUUUUACAACUUUUGUGAGAAACCCGUGAUUGAAAGUGUGUUUCUUGUGAUGGAUUUGAAGAAGAAUUGCCACAUCCACAUGGCACGUGAGCUUUUGAUGAUUCAAGAACCCUAGUGGAUUUGUGUGAAGAAAAGAUGGAUCAAAAGAGACAUGCCACGUGUUCUUUUAAUUCAUAUGAUUAUGGAUUACAAGUCAAAAGAUGAAAAUGUUUUCAUGGAUUUGAUUUGAUGUUUCCAAAAGUUGGUUGUUAUUUCAGAGGUUGAUGAUUGAAGAACCCUAGGGCCUAGGGACUAAUUUUUGAGAGGGGGUUGUGGGAAAAGAGCUUGGUUUAUGUGAAUGUGGUUGGUUAUGUUCUCUUGAGCAAGGGUAAAGUGGUUUGAUUUUGUGAAAG